ACAACAUCGACCUCUUCAUCGCCGAGCAACAGAUCAGAAACGAGCAAUUCCCUACAGCCUGGGAUGACGACCGCAGCUUAUUUAACUUCGAUGGUACCUGCAUCGAUUUCAGACACCAUGAGGAGUUGGGAAGACUCUUUUCCCUCUUCUCCACCGCCGAAUACAAUCAUCAAAUAUACUACUCCGAUUACUACUACGUCAUUGAACGAAGGGACAACAAGAGAGUUGAGUGUGUCCUCUAUCAGAAACAGGUCGACCAUUGGAAGAGUCGACACUUCGAGGAAUGGGUCGGACGAAGCAUUAGCGCAAACAUGGAGUACUAUGCCACCAGGCCAAGCUUACCUAGACAUGAACUUAUACCAUUUAUUCCCUUCCUUGACAGAGACAACUUUAGACACGGGGUGUGCACCGAGUACGGGGUGUACACCAUAUACAACUACCGUCGAGGAGGAGUGGUUGCCCGAUAUAGCUUGGUGGAACUCCAAUCCGUCUGGAGAAGAGACUAUGACAGUUUUAACUACCCAGUCAGAUGCCGAGGAGAGACUUGGGAGUUUGCCAGAUGGAUUAUGGGCCUCGAAUUUGUAUCCAUCGUCCGAACCAAUCCAGCAUACAGAGACAGCAUCAACACCGACAUCUACUUACUUGAGGCAUCGCCGUGCGAGCCAAGAGCCAGUAUCAGAUCCAUUACUGAUGGAAUACGACGGAUUAAUACCAACAGAAGAAGAAUUGAGAGCAGACAUAGACCAGCUAGUAGGAAUAGGAUGCGCAGAGGAGACAGAGUUGCCAGAAGAGGAAGACCAGGAAGACCAAUGCGAUGGGCAGAGGACUUGUACUCUAGUUCAGAACCAUACGACAGCCCUAGAGAAGAGUCAGUCCCUGACGAUACCCCAGACGACUACGAAUACGACAGUUGAGGAGGAGGAAACGGAAGGUGAAGGAAGUGUAGUGGGACGUGAAGAUGUGGAAGAGUUAGAAGUAGAACCUAUGGAGUUAGAGAAGUGGGAGAAUAGCGGAGUAGAGUUAGUGAAUAAAAGAGGAGGAAGUAGGAGUAAGAUGACGUGGGAGGAAGGAUUUAAGAGAGCGAAGCGAAAUUUGAAGAAGGAGUUCGACCUAGCUGAAGCAUACUCUUUGGGGAAGGUCAUCGUUAAUGGCAAUAAGAAGAAUUCCAAGUUGGCCUUGCAGUACCUAGGAAAAUGGUGGAAGAGAGUCGUAAUAGCAGUAUACAAGCUCAAUAAGGAUAACGAAGCAGACCUAGAAGAGCUUAGCCCGACAACUUACUACCACAUGAGUCGCCAGGAAAGGAA